AUGGUGUCGAGUCUACUUGCUCGUUGCAUUAUUGUAACGAUUGGUACACUUUAUCCUGGCUAUCGAUCCUACAAAUCACUGAUUAAUUCCGACUUACGUGAAGUGGUGAACUGUCUUCGAUAUUGGAUUGUAUUUUCUAUAUUUCUUGCGUGUGAAACAGUAACGGACAUUCUUCUUUCAUGGUUUCCAUUUUAUUACUGGAUUAAAAUCUUUAUUGUACUUUGGAUGAUUUCACCAGCUGGUUCAACAGUUUUAUACAAGCGUUUUGUUCAGCCAGUACUCAAAGAGCGUGAACAAGACAUCGAUCAAUUACUCGAACAAACCAAACAGAAAGGUUACUCAACAUUACUCGAUCUAACAAAUAAAGGUUUUCGCUAUGCAUCGAAUGUCGUUUUGAAUACUGCUGUAUAUGGACAAGCAUAUCUUGGCGAACAUUUGAAACGUUCAUUGAGUACCAGUGAUAUUGGUAAUGAACCAGGCAAAGGUCUUUCCAAUGUGCCCGACACAUUAUACGAAGAAGACGAAGAAGUAGAUCCUACAUUUACUAAACGUUUGAAAGAAGAUCGAAAAUAUCUAUCCAAAGGUAGUAAUAUAGCUGCUCGACGAACACGAUCUCAACAAGGAGAGAAGCCAGAUCCAGUCGUGGAAGACCCGUUAGGUGAAAUGGAAAUGGCAAAAGUUAUGGCUCGUAAAAUGCCUGUGCGUGGAGGAAAUAAGGUCACUUGUACAGCAGUCUCCUCAUCAUAUGUCAGUAAACCUGUUGCAAAGUCCACAAAGCGAAAAAUAACGAAAAAAUCGACAAGUCAAUCUGCAGCACCAGUUAAACCUACAAACACGAGCUCAAAUGAUACGGAUGACGAUGUCGAUAAUCCCAAUGGACAAAUCCAAAACAGAACUUAA